UACCUGGAAGGUGAUCCGAGUGACGCACGUCACCUUCACCCCCUAACCUGGAGAGGAGGGCCUAAAUCAGCUGGGAGCUGAACAUCAUGCUGAUGAUGAGAGCUCAGAAUGAAGGACUGAGCUUUUUCAACGCUGCGGCUGCUCUAACGUGACGUCACUGCGUGAAAACAACAAUUAAACCAGAGAAGAAGAAGUUUCAAGUUGCGCAGAAGUAUGUGGACCGUGCUGUUUGUUUCAUCUACCCCUGAUGAACCUCCUCACACCUACAGACAGGCGGGCGGCGAGCAGCUCAGCGCGGAGACUUUCUUUACUUAAGUAGAAGUACAGAUACCUGUGUUUAAAAGUACUCCGGUAAAAGGUGGGAUCAGGGUCUGUGUUGGUGUGUGAGACUGUAGCUGUAAUCAGCCGCUCACAGCUGACCCAGUAAACCCCGUGCACAUGUGCCGUUUGUCUACCUGUUCCUCUCUACCUUCCAGGUGUUUCUGGAUCUUCCUACCUGAACUGUCUGCCUUUCACCUGAGGUCACGCCCAUAGAACAGAGUUCAUUCAGAUCAGUUUGGACGGCGUGAAGCAGGCGGUUACAGUUUUGGUGUCUUUGUUCGUCUGUCGGCACCUGCAGUCAGGACUGAGGGCACUCGCUUCCCUGCAGUGUGGCAGCAUGACAUGUGACGUGUCGCUUCACCGUCAUCUUGUCCCCUCUGCAGUGUCCCACUUCCUCCCGCAGACCGUCGUCUUUGCCCCAGUAGAUAUGUGGGUGCUCAGAGCCGCAGCCACCACGCUGGCGCUCAGCUGCUGUGUCCUCCACGGUAUCAUCUCCCCGCCCUGCACAGGUCAAGAAACUGACUGCAGCUGCAACAUCGCCAACAGCCACUGUGACGAGUUCAGAGUCUGCAGGUGUGACCCUGGCUGGGACGGGGAACUGUGCGACCGCUGCAUGCCGAUGCCCGGCUGCGUGCACGGUUCCUGCGAGCAGCCGUGGCAGUGCACCUGUGAGCCGGGGUGGGGAGGGCGCUUCUGCGACAAAGACCUGAACGUGUGCUCGCAGCAGCAGCCGUGUCAGAACGGAGCCACCUGUGUGAUGCAGGACAGCGGCGACUUCACCUGUCUGUGCCCUCAAGGUUUCCACGGCAACAACUGCCAGCAGAGGACCGGCCCGUGUCACCAGAGGAGGUCUCCGUGUAAAAAUGGCGGUCUCUGUGAGGACGCUGACGGUUUUGCGCCAGAGCUGACGUGUCGCUGCCUGGCCGGCUUCACGGGGCCACGCUGUGAGACUGACAUUGAUGACUGUCUGAUGAAGCCGUGUGCCAAUGGCGCCACCUGUGUGGAUGGUGUCAACCGCUUCUUGUGCGUCUGCCCUGUGGGAUUCAGCGGGCGCUUCUGCACCGUCAACCUGGACGACUGCGCCAGUCAGCCGUGCCUGAACGGGGGCCGCUGCCUUGACCGCGCCGGCGGCUUCCACUGCGUCUGCCAGCCUGGCUUCACUGGACACGUCUGUGAGAUGCCAACAAGUAGCGACGCCGGCAAACCCGGCUGGACAACGGUUGGGUGGGAGGGAGGAGGAUUUAGGGGGAGGAACCAGAGAAUCACGACUAGCAGCGGCGACGGUAGGAACAGCAGCCGUCACGGUGACAGACUGCUGAAAGUGACUGUGAGUGAGCGCAGUGGUGCCGGCCUGUCAGACGUUCAGCUCAUCAUCGUGCUGGUGCUGGCAGGGGUGACGCUCACCAUGGUGGUGCUGACCACCGCCCUUGUUCUGCAGGGUCACUGCAGGAACUGUGGACACACCUAUUGCUGGUCCUCUGUGACAUCAUCAUCGUCUUCACAGAGAGGACAGAAAAGCCACCAGCGAGCACGGCCGGACGAGGAGGAGAGACAAAUCAGUUUUCUGAGUGCAGCAGAACCAGAAAAGAAGAAACUCAACACGGAGGUUAUUUAGACUGACCGGAGGGGGUGGGGACACAGCUCCACCUGCCUCAGGUUCAGCUCCCAGCGAGCACCUGAACUGUGACAUCAUCCAUGUUGUCACAGGACGACUGAAUGGAUAGUUUAAACCCCACCUACAUUACCCAGGGUGCACCUCUGCAGUCAGCUCAGAGGGGCUUGUCCCACCUGCACUGAGCGUGUGGAGGCUUUUAUUUUGAAAAUGUCAUUAGAAACUGAAGCUUUAUUUUAUAAAUCAAUAAUUUAUCAACCCAUUUCUUAUAAUCACUUGGAAAAUAAAAUCGUGUUAACUGUGAGUAGAUUGACCUUUAAAAGAAUCUGACUGACAUCAUCAGCCCACACUCGGCCACGCCGAGCGACGCAAAACAAAAGUCCAGAAUUUAAACGUGGAUGAAAAUCAGACGGAGUUCUGACGGAGGUUUCCAGAAGUUUUCAGAUGGAGAUCUGUGCUGCUUGGCUCCGCCUUUUUAUUCUCAGACUGAGCAGCUUUGCAUGAUUCACAGUUCAGAUUAAUCCUCCUGUUUUAGCUUUCUUUGAUUGGCCAGCUUUCAGAAAGCUGCAGCUUUCUGCACAACAUAAACCGUUAAAUGAAAGUUUGGCGUCGCCGUGGGUUACUGAGUGAAGCCUGAUGGGACGUGACCACAGUGAAAUCUACUCGCAUCAAAGUGAAGUGCGAAUAUGUCACAACUGUAUUUGUAUAUAACGUGUUUAUUUAUUGUAUGGUGUACAUGCAUGUGUGCUCCGCCCACACACACCACUGUCAGACCUCAUCACGUUACAGGGACACAAACGCAGACUGAAACUUCUGAUGUCACUGAACAGAUCCUCACGCAGACAUUAAAGCUGUUUCUGAACUUUA